CGGUCGCGCACAUAAAGUCGCGCUUAAAAAAAAUCGCUCAGUGCGCGCGUACUCUCUCUCCCUCUCUCUCGCUCUCAGUAGCUCGGUAGCUCUCUUCGGCUUCGUAUUCGCAAUGAAAAGCGUCUGCGUCUGCGUUCGCAUUGGUUCUUUAGAGGAGAGCGCAGUAACUGAAAAGCUGUCGUUAAGCUUAAGCAGAAAAGGUGUCAACGUCAACGCAAACAACAACAACAAUAAUAGCAACAGCAACGAACGCAAAGUUCAGCAGCGAAGUGCAUGUGAUAUUAUUAUAGAAUGUGCUACUUUAUUUUGACACUCAGCUGCUAAUUGCCAGCAAUAACAUUGUGUGCGACUAAAUCAUGUCAGCAGCAACAAAAACAAAAUACAAUAAUCGCAAAUAGCAAAUAAAUCGAAAAGCAAAGCGAUCUACAAAAAGCCAUAUAAAUAAACACUAGCACUGAAAGCUUCAAAUUAACGCUUUUUAACAUGGAUAUGGACAUUAAGGUGCCUAAACGCUCCGAAAUUGAACAAUUUCUAUUGGAUGUGCGUGCGCAUUUUCGAGAAUCGCUGACGACAUCGGAGUAUGAGAACACUUCGAAUCUGUUUCACGUCACCGCCGCCGAGCAAACACAGGCGCUUCUCGAGCGUUGCGAUCUGCUGCUGGCUGCAGCAGCAGCAACAACAGAUAGUGUUGGCCAAGUUGCAGUCAUUAAAUUGAAUGGCUGCAUCAAAAGCAACAACAGCAGCAGCAGCAGCGACUGCUUCGAUAGCAAAGUGGGCGCCGAGACCGGUUGCUAUCUGGAGAUGCUGUCCUCGUCAGCAGCGACAUCUUCGUCGUCGAGGAACUCGCUGUCCGCCUCGCGGGAGUAUAUCGAUCUGAGCAGCAAUCCAGCGCUGAAUGUUGAUAAAGCCCCGCAACAGCCAGAGCCAGUGGAGCUGCCCGAGUCCGAGCAGCAGCUCUAUGACAUUUGCCAGCAUCAAGCGGAGGAUGAGACGCAGCAGGUUUUCGCACACGAGCUGUUUAUCAAUUGCCCCUAUGCUGAUCUGCCGGCUGGUCAUUUGGCGCUGCAGCGUUCCACCAAAUACGGCCAGUUGCAGCGCAUCGAAAAGCGUUUGUUUUUCGAUCAGAGCAAGAAAUGCUAUUGCGGCAUACUGAACGAUUGGAUGCUCUGCUAUGCGGAUGGUCCCACCUCCUGUCGGCCGAGCAGCAGUCUCUAUCUGAAGAGCUCGGCAAUUGAGAUCGAGCACUUUGGCGAGGGUAAACGUCGUGAGAUUUGCUUUCAAAUCACCACCGCCGAUCCGGGCAAGAAGUUCGUGUAUCAGGCAAACAAUGAGGUCGAUGCCAAAGAGUGGAUCCAUGCCAUUGAGGCGGCCAUACGCGGCGAUGCCAUUGCGCAGGCAACGUUGAAAACGCUACGCAAACUGCCCACGCCGCCGACGGUGAGGAAGUGCAGCUAUUUGCCAACGCCAACAAAUUGCGAUAGCAUCUACGAGGAGCCCUCACCCAUCUACAACUUUGGGGAGGCUGUGACGCCACCACGCCUGCCCGACAAAGCCAACAGUCCGAGUGCGCUGGCCAGACGUUUCGAAUAUGAUAUACCAAAGUGUCCACCACAGCCGCUAUCCGCCGAGGAUGAGCCCAGCCCUGGCGAUGUGGAAACUGCUGAGCUGCUCAAUGGUGUUGGUAGUAGUGGUGGUGGUGCUGCUGCUGCUACUAUUGUUGAGCUGAAGCCACAGCCGCAAGCAUCCAGUUUGCACGGCCACCUAACGCUUGACUUUCAGGCCAAAGUGAAGACGGUGCACAGUGAGCUCUCUAGUCAGCUGACGAGUCCGGAGCGCCUGAAGAAGGCCGUGAAGAAGAGCUACUCGUGCGGCAACAGUGAACCGGAAAUGCUCUCACUUACCAAUUCGCCGCCAGCUCCAGCCACACUCAAAGAGCAGAAGAAACAGCGCAAAUCGCAAACACCGCAAACGAGUCCACAGAAGACGCCCAGCAAAGAUUGUGAUAAGCUGGCACGCAAUUGGUUUCUCAGUCGCCUCAACAAAUCCAGCACCGGUCAGAGCACACGUUCAACUGGCAGCGGCAGCGGCAGCGGGACCAGCAGCAGCAUUAGCGGCAACAGCAGCAUUAUUAGCAGCGGCAAUGCGACAGGCACGCCAACCAAUGCAAAGUGCAAACAGAGCGAAAAAGAGAAUCUGCUCAAUGGACUCGAUCUCUGCGAUGGCAACUACGAUCCGACGCUGAACGAACAACAGCCGAGCAGUAAUCCCACAUCGCCGUGCCUGAAGGGUGGCGACUCCAACAAGAGCAAAGUGAACAUGAUUAUCAAUCAGUUUGAGAGCAGCGGCCAUCUAUCCACCAUGUUCAGCGUGGAGGCAUUGGCCGCCAAUGCACUCGCCUCGCUCACCUCCUUCUGUGAGAGCGACAAUUGCAACAACUAUGAGCCCAUCAUGCCACUUGCAACUCCGCCGACCAGCUUUCUCAAAAAGGUGUAGAGCUGCUAUUUCUCUCUCUCUCUCUCUCUGUCUCUCCCACUAUCUCACUAUCUCUAUUUAACCUAUAUACCUAUACAUAUAUGCAUAGUUUUUAGGCUAGUGACAAAUUCGCACACACAUUUUUUUCAUGUUUAUCCUCAACAUUGACAUAAAAUUUUUAAUA